CUAGCAAAAGAUUAUGGCCCUGUGUUCACUGUUUAUUUUGGCAUGAAGCCCACCGUGGUGUUGCAUGGAUAUCAAGCAAUUAAGGAAGCACUGAUUGAUCAGGGAGAAGUAUUUUCUGGCCGAGGGAGUUUUCCAGUGAUAGAAAAAGUUACCCAAGGAUUCGCAUUAAAGAAAACCAAUGCAUCUCCCUGUGAUCCCACUUUUCUUCUGGGUUGUGUUCCCUGUAAUGUCAUCAGCUCCAUCAUUUUCCAGAAUCGUUUUGAUUACAGGGAUCAGAAAUUUCUAACCUUGAUGAAGUAUUUUAAUGAAAACUUUGAAACUGUGAGCAGCCCCUGGAUACAGCUCUACAAUGCUUUCCCCUUUUUACGGGUUCUCCCAGGAAGUCAUAAUGUGAUAUUUAAAAAUUAUGCUCUCCAAAGAAGUUUUAUUUUGGAGAAAGUAAAAGAACAUCAGGAAUCUCUGGACAUCAAUAACCCUCGAGACUUUAUUGACUAUUUUCUGAUUCAAAUGGAAAAGGUACAAUGUAAUUCUGAUUUGCUACUUUAUCUUUGUGGGGAUCCUACAAAUGGUACUUCAAGUUUUUUUCACUUCUCAUAAAUUCUGACUCCUGCCUUGCCAGCUAAAGUGCGGGAAGAAAUUGAUCAUGUGGUCGGCAAAAACCGAAGUGUGUGCAUGCAAGACAGAAGCCGGAUGCCCUACACGGAUGCCGUGGUGCAUGAGAUCCAGAGAUAUAUUGACCUCAUCCCCACCAGUGUGCCCCGUGCAGUGACUCAAGACAUUCGGUUUAGAGAAUACCUUAUUCCAAAGGGCACAACAAUCUUAACAGAUCUGACUUCUGUCCUGUAUGAUGACAAGGAAUUUCCCAAUCCAGAGAAGUUUGACCCUGGCCACUUCCUGGACGAAAGUGGCAACUUUAAAAAGAGUGAUUAUUUCAUGGCUUUUUCAGCAGGAAAAAGAAUUUGUGCUGGAGAAGGCCUGGCCCGCAUGGAGCUGUUUUUAAUCCUGACCACCAUUUUGCAGAAUUUUACCUUGAAACCUCUGGUUGAUCCAAAGGAUAUUGACACCACCCCAUUUCACAAAGGCUUUGGCACUGUACCACCCUUCUAUGAGCUUUGUUUCAUCCCAGUCUGAUGAAAUGUCUGGCUGCUAGAUUGCAGAGCAAGGCUGUUCAGUCCCAUGUGAAAAAUGCAGAUGAUUCCUUGCCUGUGUGUCAACCAUUAUCUCCUCCUAUCUUAAUAGGAGGAAGGCCAUCUCUGAGCCCUAUCUCUUUUGAUUGUAUCCAUCCUUCAAAAUCCAUUCCAAUUUUCCCUGUAUGAAAGAAAAUUUAUUGUUUCAUUUCCAAUAAAAUUAUGUUUGUAACACAAUCUUAAGAUCAUAUGCUACAUUUUAUCUGUAGUCAUAUGAAAUGGAAAGCACCCGAUAAAUGCCAUAUUUUGCUUUGCUACCACAAAUGAGAAAUCAGAAAUUAUUGCGUGAGAUUUUAAAAAAAUGUUGAAAGUAUUAAAACAUGAGCUUUAUUAAUCUCUCACUCCUAUCUAACUGUCUAGGCAAAUGAUCUCUUGACAG